UGGCCACUGCAGAUGUAUAUGGAGGACCAGGAUUGAAUACAACUUUACAAGAACAUCCAGAAAGGCAGAGGAAGGUGGAGCUACCAACGAGGAAGGUGGGUAAGGCGCACUGCGCAGAGGGACAAUUUGAUAAGGCCGGUCCACCUAAAAAUCCAGAUCGGAGGACACAAUCGUAAAUUCAUGCCCCAUCUUUAAAUUGCAACAAACUACAAAGUAACGAAAGUGGCGAAGGAAAAAGAGAAAAAAGUGGAGAGAGCCUUCCCCUUCUUCCGUCCUUUGUAUUGAAGCCCCAAAGGCCUCACAAUUUCACAGUCUUCUCCUUCUCUUUCUCCUCCUCCUCCUAUUCUUCACCUUCAUUUCCUUAAACUAACACGCUCUAAUUCCAAUCCAAUCUAAACCAACCCAUUGUCUUCCGUCGGUUGAUACAGUUUUCAGAUCUAAUCAAUUUAAUCGGAGACGAGAUUCUGACCCGAUCGCACCUUACUUUGUUUCAUUGGUACACGCUAAGAGAGAUAGAACGAUGUCGUGUUCUUCUUCGUCAGGUUCUGAAUCCGAGGACGAUGAGGGAAUCGAUUCUUAUAGGAAAGGCGGUUAUCAUGCCGUUAGAGUCGGCGAUCAGUUCGCUGGUGGCCGUUAUAUCGCGCAGAGGAAGCUUGGCUGGGGCCAGUUCUCUACUGUCUGGCUCGCUUAUGAUACUCAAUCCUCUAAUUAUGUUGCACUUAAAAUCCAGAAAAGUGCUGCACAAUUUGCUCAGGCUGCCCUUCACGAAAUUGAAAUCCUCUCAGCUAUAGCUGAUGGCGAUCCAUCUAAUUCCAAAUGUGUUGUGCGACUGAUUGACCACUUCAAGCAUGGAGGACCAAAUGGGCACCAUCACUGCAUGGUCCUUGAAUUUCUUGGUGACAGCUUGCUCCGGCUAAUCAGGCAUACUCGUUACAAAGGUCUACAAUUGAAUAAAGUUAGAGAGAUAUGCAAAUGCAUUUUGAUAGGCCUGGAUUACUUGCAUAGGGAACUUGGUUUGAUCCACACUGACCUAAAACCUGAAAAUAUUCUUCUCUAUUCCACUAUUGAUCCUGCCAAGGAUCCAAUUAGAUCUGGGCUCACACCAAUUCUUCAAAGGCCUGAAGGUAGCCUUAAUGGUGGGGCUACAAUGAAUAUCAUUGAGAAGAAGCUGAAAAGGAGAGCAAAGAGGGCAAUUGCUAAGAUUUCAGAAAGAAGAGCUUCAAUGGGAGGAGCUGGAGCUGUGAAAAAACCAGAGAAAUGCUUGGAUGGAGUUGAUGUGAGGUGCAAGGUUGUUGAUUUUGGAAAUGCGUGUUGGGCUGACAAACAGUUUGCAGAAGAGAUUCAAACGAGGCAGUAUAGAGCUCCUGAAGUCAUUCUGCUGUCGGGAUAUUCCUUCUCUGUUGAUAUGUGGUCAUUUGCUUGCACAGCUUUCGAGCUAGCUACAGGUGACAUGCUGUUUGCUCCUAACGGUGGACAGGGAUAUAGUGAGGAUGAGGAUCACCUUGCUCUAAUGAUGGAACUCCUUGGAAAGAUGCCGCGAAAGAUAGCUGUUGGAGGAGCUCAAUCCAAGAAUUAUUUCGAUAAGUAUGGGGACUUAAAAAGGAUUCGAAGGCUGAAAUUUUGGCCGCUUGAUCGCUUGCUGGUUGAUAAAUACAAAUAUUCUGAGAAUGAAGCUCGGGAGUUUGCAGACUUUCUUUGUCCCCUUCUCGAUUUUACACCAGAGAAGCGGCCCACUGCUCAGCAAUGCCUGCAACAUCCUUGGCUCAAUCUCAGAAGUUCUGGUCAGAUUGAGAUGAAAAGUGAAGGUGAUAUGGAAAAGUUGCAUAUAGGGAUGAGCAACCUUCAACUAAAGGUGGGCAAGUGAAGAAGGGAUCCAGGGUGUUUGCACCAUUUUCAAGUCCCUCCCUCCACCUAUAAGGAUAUUGAUUUUUUUUUUUUGCUUCCUUACAUUUUUAAUAAGAUUUUUUUUUAUUAUUAUUGAUUAACUAAAAUGUAAAUUAGUAAUUGAUUAUUGUGAGGGAAUGACAUGAGGGAGAGAAAUUAACUGCAAUGACUGGAAGUAGUGGCUGAUGCCCUAACCAGAACAAUACACAUUCUUUGCCACAUGUAAUUGAUUUUGACAGUUCAUAUUAGUAGAGAUUGUGUCACAUCAUAAAGUGAA